AAAAAAAAAAAAAAAGUAAAAAAAAGUUGGAGGUACAUGCAAAUUGGUCGUCCAUGAACAUCACCGCCGUCGCCAUAUCUCAUAAUUGAGCCACCACCAUGGCUUCCAUAGACGUGUCGACGCAGAGGAGCGCUCUCCUGAACGAUGCGACCGUUCUGGAGCAUCUACCCACCGAAAUACUAGAGGUUAUCAGAAAUCACACCUCCUCACACCUCCUCGACGCCGUUGCAGAGGCCGCUCUCAUUCCCCAACUUACAGAUCGAAUUUUCGUUCACUUUGAGAAUGUCUUUCCCGAUAUCUGCGCACGUUGGCUCCUCGACCUCGACAACCAAGCUGCCAAUGGCAAGAAUAGACAAAUCCUUGCGUCGAUUGCAAGGAUAUUACCCUUUGCUCCGUAUUUAUCGGAAUUCCUCCAGCAUGUCAUGAGAGACGACUUGACGAAAGCAACGUCAGAUACCAUUCAGACGCUCACCCUCCGAUUCCCAAAACUCACCACUUUUUCUCCCACACAAGACUCCGACCUUUUGACGCUAUUGCUAGCAGCAAGGCGGCUCGUCUGCUUCGACCAAAGGACCUACGGCAUCCUGGUCUCACCAACACAUAUGCAAACUCUCUUCUCACAUGAGAGCCGCGCCGUCCGGUACUUGGCCAUCCGGAUUUUCACCCAGCUCCUCCGCGCCGCCGACUCGAAGCUGGAAGCUCUCGUCACCGAGCACGUCGGGGCGACGGAGGCCGUCCUCGCUGACUUUGACGGGCGCGAGGUAGACUACGGGUUCCUGAGUCUGUAUGAGGAUGCACGGAUCAAGAAGGUACUGGCCCUGCGCCGGGAGCUUCGCGAUGCUUCACAGAGCAAUGAAAUCCACUCUUUUCCACCUCAAUCCCUCACUCCCUAUGUUGCGUGCUACGGCAAGACAAUACUGCCGAGACCGUCGGGACCGGUCGACAAGAACUCGUCCCUCAGCCUGGCUGGUCUCUUGAAGAAUGCAAGCCCGAUUCUGCUUCAUGGCCUGCCCGGCUCUGGAAAGACCUCUUUGCAUUCCGAAAUGAUGCUUAUUGGACUCUAUUCGACCGACUCAAAACCGGGAACCUUUUCAUGGAGAGCCGGUGUACUGACAACCGCAGUCAGAGAAGCACCGAACGAAGUCAUCAGCACACUUCUCCCCCUGAUCGAGCGCGGCGAGCUCCUCAUUCCAAGCAGGGGUGAGCGUAUCAAGGCUGCCAACGGAUUCCGUCUCUUUGGCACGACGCUUCCCAACCUGCUGGAGACCGAGCUACAGGACAUCAUUGUGGGAUCCCACCCCAUAGUACACAAGUUCGCGCCUGGCAUUCUUGCUGUGUACAAGCGGUUGUCAAAGCCGAUGUCCGGCAACGUUCCCUUGUCGUCCAGCCGCGGCAUGGCCGAUCGCCAAACCAGCUUGCGAGAUCUGCUGCGGUGGUGCAGACGUCUUGGAGCCACACUGUCCGAUGCAGGCUGCAAAACUGGCGAGGAACCUGAGGCCAUCGACUGCUUCGUUGCUGGUAUUCCCGACGUCCAAGCCAAACAGCACUUGAUCUUCGGCAUCGCCGAGGAGAUGCAUAUGCCGAGGGAGCUACUUGAGCAAAACGACAGCCUGUUCAAGAUUGGUCGAUCAACACUGCGCAAGCGCAAGGACCGCGUGAACAAGGCCGCCCUGGCCAAGAAGCCCUUCGCCAGUACAACACACGCAAAGAAGUUGUUGGAGCAGACCGCGGUAGCUGUAAACCUGGGCGAGCCGAUUCUCCUCGUUGGUGAGACAGGUAUCGGAAAGACGACUGUCCUGGUCGCCAUCAACCUGUCCCAGCAGAGCGAAGCUGGAGACCUUCUCGGAGGCUUCAAGCCUGUCAACGUGAGGGACCUGUUCUCGGCGACCGGCAUCUCGACAACGAAGAACCAGCGCUAUCUCGAACAGCUAGGAAAGUCAUUCGCAAAAGGACAGUGGGCCAAGGCGGCCAAGUAUUGGCGUGAAGCGCCCAAGAUGUUCAAGAAGAUUGUCGACGAACUGGCCCGGCGAGAGAGGGAGCAAAGCCAAGCCCGUGACGAGGCAGGCCAGCCAACGAAGCGCCGCAAGACCGACCCUCGUUGGGAUAAGUUCUCCAACAGCCUGGAUCAAUUCGAGGUUCAACUGUCUGGGGGCUCAACCGCAUUCGCGUUCUCUUUUGUAGAGGGCAACAUUGUCAAGGCUGCCCGGAAUGGCGACUGGGUACUUCUCGACGAAAUUAACCUGGCAUCGCCUGACACUUUGGAAGCCAUCGCGGAUCUCCUGACGGGGCCUGUUGAUACACCCUCUAUUCUCCUGUCUGAAACGGGAGAAAUCGAGAGGAUCAGAGCACACCCGAACUUCCGCAUCUUUGGCGCCAUGAACCCGGCAACAGAUGUGGGCAAGCGCGAUCUUCCCAUCGGAAUCCGGUCUCGUUUCACCGAGCUUUACGUUGACAGCCCGGACAAGGACGUCAAGGACUUGAUCACCAUCGUCAAGACGUACCUCAGGAACAGCAGCAUCAAGGAUGAACACGCCGCGGACGACAUUGCGGCGUUGUACAUGAACACCAAGAGACACGCCGAGGAGAAGAGAAUCGUGGAUGGAGCCAACGAAGUGCCGCAUUUCAGUCUUCGUACUCUCACCCGAGUCUUGACAUUUGUCAACUACAUCGCCCCCUUUUACGGCAUUCGUCGAGCCUUGUACGAGGGUUUCUCCAUGGGAUUCCUUACCCUUCUCGACAGGAAUUCGGAACAGAUGGUCAUGCCGUUGAUCGACCUCCACCUAUUUGGCCGAGUAUCGAAUCCACAGUCUUUACUUUCACAGUCACCAAGACAACCGGACGAUGGUAAGCAGUAUGUGCGGUUCCGCAACAAGGCCAAGGAUCGUCACUACUGGCUUGCCCAGGGAGAAGAAAAGACUUUGGAGAGAACCGACUACAUCAUCACACCUUACGUCGAACGCAACCUUCUCAACCUCGUCCGAGCGACAUCUACGCGACGAUUCCCCAUUCUCAUCCAAGGUCCGACGUCAGCAGGAAAGACGAGUAUGAUUGAGUAUCUUGCCAACUUCACGGGCAACAAAUUUGUGCGCAUCAACAACCACGAACACACGGACUUGCAAGAAUACCUGGGAACGUAUGUCUCAGACUCGUCAGGAAGACUUCGUUUCCAGGAUGGUCUCCUCGUACAAGCUAUGCGACAGGGUCAUUGGAUCGUGCUGGACGAGUUGAACCUUGCUCCCACCGACGUCCUGGAAGCGCUGAACCGUCUGCUCGACGACAACCGAGAGCUCCUGAUCCCCGAGACACAGGAAAUCGUGCGACCGCAUGAGAACUUCAUGUUAUUCUCCACUCAAAACCCUCCUGGUCUGUACGGUGGCCGCAAGGUGCUUUCGCGUGCGUUCCGUAACCGUUUCUUGGAGUUGCACUUUGACGAUAUCCCCGAGGACGAGUUGGAGUACAUCCUCCAAAACAGAAGCAUCAAUACUGCACCAUCAGACUGCAAGCGAAUCGUCACAGUCUACAAGGAGCUCUCCCGCCUUCGCCAGACGAGUCGACUGUUUGAGCAAAAGGACAGUUUCGCAACGCUCCGUGACUUGUUCCGAUGGGCCCUGCGAAAGGCAGACACACGAGAGCAAAUUGCCAUCAAUGGAUUCAUGCUUCUCGCCGAGCGAGUCCGAGUCGAGGAGGAGCGGACUGCGGUUAGAGAGGUCAUUGAGACCGUUUUCAAGGUCAAGAUUGAUCCGGACGUUCUAUACACUGCCAACGCGUCACCAAUCUUGACCGAGGUUCUGGGCAAGUCCAACAACCAUGGUGUGGUGUGGACCCGCGCUAUGCGACGUCUCUAUGUUUUGGUGCAUGCUGCUAUUCUAAACAAUGAGCCAGUCCUUCUCGUGGGUGAAACUGGAUGCGGUAAAACCACCGUUUGCCAGAUUCUCGGGGACGUACUUGGAAAAGAGCUGCACAUCGUCAACGCUCACCAGAACACCGAGACGGGAGAUCUCAUCGGCUCCCAGAGACCCGUGAGAAAUCGCGGUGCCAUCUCGGAGACUCUGAAGGGCGAUCUGACUGCUCUCCUCGGAGCGCUCGGUGAAGACGUUUCAGGCCCCCUGGACGUUCUGGUGCAACAGUACCACGGUCUUGCGGCGGAUAAGAUGGCUAGGGUCGACGCUGUCACGCAGGAGAAGAUCGCAUUGCUGGAAGCCAAGAGCAAAGCUUUGUUCGAGUGGUCUGACGGAAGUCUCGUUCACGCCAUGAAGGCCGGUCAAUAUUUCCUUCUCGACGAGAUUUCCCUUGCAGAUGACUCGGUCCUGGAGCGUCUCAACUCGGUUCUUGAGCCCGGGCGCUCUCUUCUUCUGGCAGAGAAGGGUAUCGACAACUCGUUCGUCACCGCGGCAGACGGUUUCCAAUUCUUCGCUACCAUGAACCCGGGCGGCGAUUUCGGCAAGAAAGAACUGUCACCGGCGCUGAGGAACCGUUUCACCGAGAUUUGGGUCCCCGCCAUGUCCGAAAUGGACGACAUGCUUGACAUCGUCGUUUCGAAGCUGGACCCGUCCUUCGAGGCUUUCGGCAAGCCUGUGGUGCAAUUUGCCCACUGGUUUGGCCAGACUUUCAGAUCGUCCUCCUCUACCGCCUUUUCAAUCCGUGACAUCCUCAUCUGGGUCAACUUCAUUAAUCUGUGCGGCCCUGCCGCGCCCCAGUUUGCGAUUGUCCACGGUGCAGCGACCGUCUUCGUCGACAGCUUAGGUGCCAACCCCUCGGCAUUACUGGCGAUGGACCCCAAGGCGCUCGAUUCACAGAGGCAGAAGUGUCUCGACAAGCUCAGCGAGCUUCUUGGGUACGAUACCACAGCGGUCUACCGCGCUCAGCCCGAGGUCGUCUUGACCGACGACAGACUGUCCAUCGGUGAUUUCGGUCUGCCCCGUGAAGCAGGCCGUUCCACAGAUCCCAGCUUCGCGUUCAAUGCCCCGACCACAAGACUGAACGCCAUGCGAGUUAUGCGUUCCCUCCAAAUGCGGAAGCCCAUCCUGCUCGAAGGUAGCCCAGGUGUCGGCAAGACGACCCUUGUGGCUGCAUUGGCUCGUGUUUGCGGUCGUCCUCUGACUCGUAUCAACUUGUCAGACCAGACCGAUUUGAUGGAUCUUUUCGGUACGGAUAUGCCUGUCGAGGGCGCCGAGGCUGGCAACUUUGCUUGGCGCGACGCUCCUUUCCUCCAGGCCAUGCAGAAUGGCGAAUGGUCUGUUCUGGAGGGUCUCAAUGCCUGUCUCGACCAUCGUGGCGAGGUAUACAUUUCAGAGCUCGACCAGGUCUUCAAGAGGCAUCCUGAUUUCAGGCUGUUCGCUGCACAGAACCCUCAUCACCAGGGAGGAGGUAGAAAGGGUCUUCCCAGCUCUUUCGUGAACAGAUUCAUCGUCGUUUACGCCGACACCUUCACAGCGGAAGACCUCCUUCUUAUUGCCCAACACAACUUCCCGACUAUCUCCACUGAUGUCGUCAGCGGAGUCAUUCAGUUCAUCUCUCGCCUGGAUCACCAGGUCGCAAUCGAAAAGGCCUUUGGCGCACACGGCAGCCCCUGGGAGUUCAACCUGAGAGACAUCUUGAGAUGGCUGCAUCUCGUAGCCACAAAGGACCCCCUGCUGGCCACUGGCAAGCCAGACGACUUCCUCGACCUCAUCAUCCGCCAACGCUUCCGAUCCUCUACGGAUCGUGAAGAGGUGAACAAGCUCUUCGCCGAGGUCUUUGCCAGAGAGCCGGAAGGCCACAGCCUAUAUCACGAUACUAACGCGGCCUUCUCCCAAGUCGGAAAUGCACUCCUGCCCAGGAACCAGACUUCCCAGCCUUUGGAAAUGCCCGGCAUCGACAUUGUACCGCGACUGCCUGAGAUCGAGUCCCUGAUGAUUUGCAUCAAGCAAGACAUCCCAUGCAUUCUCAGUGGACCCUCUGGCAGCGGAAAGUCGGUGCUCCUCGAGCAUGUCGCCGCUCUCGUCGGCAAGCCUCUCGUCGUGUUUCCUCUGAAUGCUGAUAUCGACACAAUGGACUUGGUCGGUGGAUUUGAGCAGUCAGAUCCUCUUCGCGAAGUCAACGCUACUUUGCGCGAGCUUUUUGAGGGCCUUCAGACCACAGUCCUGACCAGAGUGCCAAGUCAAGUUCCGUCUUCAGCGUUGGCUCUCCUGUACCUUCUGGAGACUUACCGUGGAGAUACCGAUGACCUUCCCGCCCUCAGGGGUGCAAUCGAACACCUGCUUGCCGAAGUGUCGAGCGAAUCGGACAUCGGAGCUCUUCUUUACACUGCUCAUUCGGUCCUGCGAAACCCUCUGACUGUCAGCAACCCCCGUUUCGAGUGGCUUGAUGGUGUCAUUGUCAAGGCCUUGGAGACCGGACAGUGGCUGGUGCUUGAUAAUGCCAACCUGUGCAACGCCUCUGUUCUGGACAGACUCAACUCGCUACUUGAGCCUAACGGCUUUUUGAGUAUCAAUGAACAUUGCGGACCUAAUGGAGAGCCUCGCAUCAUCAGACCGCACCCGGAGUUCCGAAUCUUCCUCACGGUCGAUCCCAGAUACGGAGAACUUUCGAGAGCCAUGAGAAACAGAGCUGUUGAGAUUCAUCUCAGUGAGCGGAAGGCGCAGAGUGUCAACAGCUCCGGGUCCCAGGUCCAUGUGGAAAGCAGCAUGCAACGAUUCUCCUCCUCAAAGGACAUCUCCUUCUCGGCCUUGAGCGCGAAUGACUCCUCCGACGUCAGCCAUGCCACCUUUGGAAACCUGUCGCUCAGAGACACAGCGCUCAUGGAGAGAUUCUCUCACUCUCUGCGUCGUGGCCUGGCUGAUCCUAACUGGCCCGGACUCGAAAAGUACGAAGGCUCUCUCAAUGAGCAACUCGGCUUCCUUGAUGCUGCCGAUACAGCUAGCCUCCGCGGCGCAAUUUCCCAGCUCUAUGCCAAGCUGCCUGGUUCCGACUCGGGCCUCAAAGAAGCCCAGCCUCUGAACCCUCUUCACAACGCUUCCAUGGUGAGAGUUUUGGGCCGCAACCACGAUGAAUUGCCUUUCUGGCUGUCUGUCUGCUAUGAGUUCCUCUUGGAAGUCCAACGUUGCCAAUCUGCCAUUUCUGCGCAAGCCACCAAGGCCAAGGCGGUGAAGCUCGCCGCUUUGAACCGACUCCAACGAUCCAUCGUCUCGGACCGCAUCGCAGCAGUAGCGAAGGAUUCGACGGUCAGGGUAUCAAAGUUCCUGUCAAGAACUCUCCAGGUCAUCAAGACCUUCAUCCAGUCCAAUCUCGGAACAGCUCAAGGUUGGAAGGAACGGGCCCAAGUUAUCCGGAACAUGCUGGACUUCUGGUGGCGAACCCUCCACCUGACCACCGGGGACAUGUUUGAGGAAGCACGAUUCCAGGCUCACUUGGUACAUGGUGUUGAGGCCGUGCAGAAACUUCUUUCGUCAGAAACGCAGUCCAUCAACAGGCAGCUUGCCGAUCGCUACCUUCAGACCGUGGAAGAGGACUUCACCACCGGUUUCCGCCUUACUACUGGUUUGAGCAUGGAGGUCAUGUGGAAGCGCAUCAAGCCGCUCCCCAUCAUGAGCGAAGAAGCUCUCAAGACAAGUCAAGAGAUUGAGCGUUUGGGCAUUCGACUUGACGAGCUCAAGUGGAAGGUCAAGGCAUCCGUCUCUGACCUUGCCAGAGCCAUGACAACCCUCGUCAAGGCCGACCAGAUUGUGCGCGGCACCGAUCUCGACGCCACCGAGCUCAUCCAGGACCUUUCCAAGGAGAUUGAACUGUUGGAGUCCAAGGUGGGCUCUGAGACCAGCGAAGUGAAACCGUUCUUCGCGGCAGAGUUCGAAACCCUUCGCCAGGCCUCGCUCUUGAAAUCUCAUGCCGGCCAAUACCUCGAGGCUGUGCCAUACGGCGCCAACGAGGCUGAACUUACGGUCUUGUCGAACCAGAAUACUAUCGACCAGAUCCGCCUGGGCAGCUUCCAAGCCAGAGAGGCGCACUCACUUACUAUUGGUCAGCUGGCGUCCCAACACCCGGCCACUCAGGUGUGGAACGGCAGACUCGCAACGUCGCUCUUGUCAAGACUCAACUCGAUUCAAUCAACCAGUCUGCGUUCCUUGGGUCUUUUGGAGACCGAGCUCCCCGCUAUGGGCCGGUCCGUGGCCGCGUUGGCUCCGGUGUUGCAGAAGAACCAAAUCGUUGCUCUCAACAGAGUAGUCAAGUCACUUCUCGCAGAUGUCUUCAGCCUGUAUAGCGAUGAAGGAGACGUUCACUGUGAGACGCUAUACAACCGCAUCAACCAAAUGUUCGAGGACACCAAGGAAAAGGAAACUUUGACGGCUGUGACAAAGGUCAUGGAGAUUGGGUUUGGGAAGGCACUUCAGUGCAGCGAUUGGCCCCGACAUCUGCCGCAACUUGUCGAGAACCACUUCAGUACGGCGAUGCUUUACGUCGUAGCAUCUGAUAGGAUGUAUGAAAGGCCCCAAGAGUCCGAGACCGACGAGGUGUUGAUGAUGCCCGCGUUUACUGCCAUGGCUUGGUCCGAAUUCGCCAACGGCGCCAUCAGGCUCUACGUGCCCGACAAAUCCUUCGACCCGCAACUUCGGCCACAAUUCGAAAAGGACGUUCACGAUGAGUUGACCAAGCAGCUGCAGCACAAGCUUUCAUCUUUGCUUGACUUUGAGACCCAAUUCACCGGGCAGAAAACCUCUCUCCGCAUCCAGCUUGCGCAAGAGGAGGUGACCGCACUGGGACCUGCGCCGGCACCGGCGCAGCUGCUCUACCGACCGGUUCGAUCAGAACUCAACUAUGUUCAGACAGACUUCAACAACGUCCUGAAAAUGGUCAGAGACCAAGAUCUCUACAACACCCACACCAAAUAUGUCUAUUUACCAACCGGCUAUGACCCAGCCCCGGAAAUCGAUCUCCUCAAGCAGAACCUGGCUCUGAUGAUCGACCGCCUUGCCAAUCGAUUCCAUGCCUACCAAGACAUGACUCGGCCUCUCGUCAAUAUUCUGGGCUGUCUUCAAGUCGGUCUUUCGUUGAGCGCAGGGCUCAUCACCCUUAGGCAGCAUGCUCAAAGAUCUUUGGACCCGGAGGAGAACCUCAUGUACCUCACGCCUUUCACUGGCGGUACGCCGUAUCACCACGGGAUCAAAAAGUUCCCGAACAAGAGCUUGGAGUUCCUUGACUACAUUGGUCUAGUUGCAUCAGUCGAGGGCUUGUCGAACUUGAGCGCUGGUGUCCGUGAAGCGCUCUUUGAAUGCGUUCACAGGUUCUACCAAGAAUGGGUCAAGAAACUUGAAGAAGACCGCAAGGCUGAGGAGGCCAGAACGAACCUUUACCGGCACAAGGGAAGCUGGGAAGACGAGGAGGAGGUUGACGAGGAAGAGUUCAACGAGCUCUUCCCCACGUAUGACCAGGAGGAAGAAGAGAAGCCUGCGAUUGGCCACCAGAAGGUUCGCGAUGUGUCAGUUCGUCUGGCAGAAUCUCAUCGCAAGGUCUUCCUGGAGCAAGCCGCCCCCUCCGAAGCACUGAAGAACGUCUGCAAGAAGGUCGGGAACAGCGUUGCGGCGGAUAACAAGGACAAGUACGCUGUCCUGCCGAACAUGACCCGUCGUCUCCUGCCCCUGACUCUCUGGUCCAUCGACGAGCAAAUGACCACCCUCACCGCGAACGGCGUCAGCGCUACUUACAACUUUUACACCGAAGCCAACCUGCCCGAGGUUCGCCGCCUGAUUGCGCUUAUCGACAAGGUAGAGGCCCGCUUCCGAGAUCUCCAACAAGUCGACGAGAUCGGUCACAUGCAGCCUUUGGCAGACGUGCGAUCAGCCUGCGACCAGCUCCUCCAGCUCACUCACUCGGAGCCCCUGGCCAAGAUCCUCCCCAAGCUGGAGACCCUGCACGCCAUCGUCUACGAGUGGCAGCACGGAGGCUACGCUCCCGCCAUCUACGGAGCUCCUGCUCUCUACACGUCGCUGACGGAUACAAUCAUCAGCUGGAGACGCCUGGAGCUCUCGACGUGGGCGAAGCUCUUCGACAUGGAGGCCCAAAAGUGCACGGCAGACGCCGAUUCAUGGUUCUUCGUCGCCUACCAGGUCCUCAUUGCCACACCUCUGUCACUUGUCGACUCCCCCGAGCUCAAGGACUACGCCGUCAAUCUCGUCAGAGAGCUCGAGACGUACUUCUCGACCGCAAUCAUUGGCCAGUUCUCAGCCCGCCUCACGCUUCUGAGACAGCUGCAAAAGCACCUUGAGCUGCUCACGGUCGACUAUCCUUCCUUGGCUGUGGUUUCUGACGCCGCCAUCAACUUCAUCGGUUUCUACUCCCGCUUUGAGAAGAUCGUCCACCAAACAAUCGUCAAGGGGCGGGCGCCGUUCGAAAAGACCAUGAAGGAGGUCGUGCUGUUGGCCAGCUGGAAGGACACGAACAUCAACGCCCUACGUGAGAGCGCACGCAAGUCUCACUUGAAGCUCUUCCGUCUUGUUCGUAAAUUCCGCACUCUUCUCGGACAGCCAAUGAAGCCUAUUCUGGACCAGGGCAUCCCCGACGAGGACGUUCCCAUUCCCCAAGACGCCGUGGCCGCGGACGCGGUUGACAUCAAGGUCGAUCUCGCAGCCAUCAAGACUUGCAACCAAGGCUUGCCAGGCUGGCUCGCUCAACACAAGCGUCUCUCGAACGCCUCAAAGACGCUGUCCAUCAUGGCCAACGUUUCUGUCCAGGCGAACCAGAGCCCACUGGACGCUACCCAGGAGAUCAUCUCGUACGUCAAGGAACUCAACACCUCCAUUGCCGAGCUACGAAAGGAGACGCCCAGCACCUUGACCGAUGAGACCAAGGACCAGGUCAAGCACCUCAAGACGCGCAAGCGCAACCUCUAUGCCGAUGUGCUCAAGAUCCUGAGGCAGAUGGGCUUCCGAUACAACCUCGGAACCGACGAGCUGGCCCGACAGGAGUCUGCUGCCGUCGUGCUUGCCGGCUCGCCAGCCUCCAUUAUUCGGGAGGGCAGCGCCGAUGACGCCGCUGAGUACUACUUCCACAAGGUCGUCGACAUCGCACCCAAGGUCAGAGCCUCGAUCCACGAGUACUCGGGCGAUCUUACCGGCGCCGAGAUGCAACGAAGCACCGGUUUCAUGGAGGGUAUGAUGGCCGUCUUGCUGGGCCAGCACAGCUCUCUGUCUUCUGCUCGCACCGCGAUUGCCUCUCUUGAUCGCGCCAUUGCCACCGUUGACAGCUUGAAGGGCACAACGAUCGGACACGACACCACCCGCACUCGCGCAGGUCUUUCUAUGAAGUGGAUGAAGCCAAUCCUGGACUUUGGAAUCAAGAUUGUGGAUAUUCACGGCAAGUUGGCAUCUGUCGACAAUCAACCCAUUUCCAACAUCCUGCGGACUGCGCUGCAGGAAGUCGAGACCCUGUCGGAGAGCUGGUCUACAUCCGCUUCGAAGCACGACAAGUUCACCAACGGAUCGCACAGCGAUAUCCAGACAAGAUACAACUCUGUGGAGCAAACGUUGAAUGGCGAGCUCCCUACUAGUCGCCGCGAUCUUGACUUCAUCUUGGAUCAGGUUAGAAGAUGGAUCCAUGUGCCACAUACCUUUGGCCGCGAGUUACCGGCCCUCGAUGCUACCGCCCAGAAGUUCAAGCACGCCAUCUCCAGUCUCUGUGAUGCCGUCCUCGUCGCGGUCCAAGGAUACAAGAAGGCCAUGGCUGAUCUGCCAAGCUCGUCCGACGAUGCAGGCUGGUUGGCAAAGGCAUCCACCGUUCGCAGCGCCGGACUGAGUGCACUUCACAUCAACGCAAUCGUAAGCAAGGUCGAGGAUUGCUUCUCCGCCUUGGAGCUUGUCGACUUGGACAAGGACCAGAUGGGCGCCGUUGCUUCGUCGCUCUUCUCCAUUGUCCUCCCGAUUCUUCGACAGUACGCCCUCACCUGUCGCCAGAGCCUGGCUCAGCUUCAAAGCUUGCAGGCGGCCACUGGCCAUAUGACAUACAACCUGGCGCAGACUUUUACUCAGCUCGCCGCCAAGGGCUUCUGCUCCCCGCAAGAAAAGUCAGACGAGCAGUCUGGAGACUCUGGAAAGAUGGAUUCCGGAACGGGACUUGGAGACGGAGACGGCGCAGAAGACAUCAGCAAAGACAUUCAACCUGAUGAGGAUCUCACCGAACUCGCUCAAGAGCCCAACAAGGAGAAGGAUGGAGAGAUGGAAGACGAAAAGGAUGCGGUCGACAUGGCGGACGAGGAGAUGGAAGGAGAAAUGGGCAGUGUUGACGGAGAUGACGAGGAAGACAAGUCAGACGGAGAGGGCGAAGACGGUGAGAAGGAUGACAUGGAGGAGGAGGUUGGCGAUGUUGAUGACUUUGAUCCCACUGCCGUCGACGAAAAGAUGUGGGACGGAGACAACGAGGAGGAAGCGGAGAAAGACCAGCAGGGCGAGAAGGCCAAGGGUCAGAAGAAGGACGAGCAGAUGGCCGCCGAUGCCGACGCCAAUGCUGACGAGAACGACGCCGAGGAUGAUAACAAGAUGGACCAGGACGAUGACGAGGAGGCGGAGGACGAAGAGCCUGGUCAGGAGCAAGAGGACGCCAAGUUUGAGGACGACCAGGUCAAGCAAGACCAGAACGUCGAAGAGAACGAUGCUCUUGAGAUGCCUGAGGAGAUGGACUUUGACUUUGAGGAGGACGGAGAAGAUGCCGGCUCCGAGGACGACGAGCUUGACAAGUUGUCCGACGUUGAAAAGGAGGAGACGAAAGAACAGCAUGAUUCCGACAUUGAGGACGGAGAAGAGGAGACCCAGCGACCCGAUGAGAAGGGUCCUGAGGAGGAAGAUGAGGAUGGCAAGGAAGAGGAAGCGCCCGAGGAAGAUCUUGCUGGCGAACCCGAGCUCGACAUGGAGCCCAAGCCCGAGGAAGAGGAAGAAGAAGCCGCCCAGCCAGAACAACCCGAUGCCAGCGCGGAGCCGCCCAAGGACAACGCCAACGCCGAUGCCAACGCUGCGCCGAGCGACGUCAAGGGCGGCGGCCAAGACCAAGACGUUGACCAGAUGGACGUCGAAAACGACUUCAACAACAACGCCGCCCAGCGAGACGAUGGCGACGCGGGUGAGGGUUCCGCAGAGCAGCAGACGAGCGCUGGGAAGAAGGGACAGCUCUCCCGGUCCGACGAUCAGGCGCAGCCCACCGACCAGGAUCAGGACGACUCAGCCGAGGAGAAGAGCCGCCAGGACCCCUUCAAGAAGCUCGGCGACGCGCUGGAGCGCUGGCACCGUCAGCAGAACGACAUCAAGGACCCGGAGAAGCAGGACGAGAAGGAGGGCGAGCAGAAGCAGCCGAAGGAUACCAGCGCGGACCUCGGCGCCCGCGAGUUCCAGCACCUCGAGGACGACGAGACCGCCGUCGACGCGCAGGCCAUGGGCGCCGCUUCGGAGGACCAGGUGCAGCCUAUCGACGAGGCCAUGGCCAUUGACGAGAAGGAGGACCCGCAGAGCCGCGUGAUGCCCGAUAACGAGGACGUGGAGAUGGAGCAGGAUGCCGCCGACAAGAUGGACACCGAGGCGGACGAAGCCCCCGAGGCGCAGGAUAAGGACAACGGCGCCGACAAGGACGACGGUCGAUCGGGCGUCAAGACGCGACAGGGCAACUUUGACCGCGAGCCGUCGCCCGAGGAAGACGAGGUCCCGAGAGACGGAGACGAGGAGGAGGAGCAAGCCAUUGAAGAAACCUCGACGCAGCUCUCGACAACACACAUCAGCGAGGACGACAACACCCUCCCCCUCGGCGACUUCUCCGAAGCCCUGCAGUCCUGGACAUCCUUCCAAACCAAAACCCACCCCCUCUCCCUCUCCCUCACCUCCCAGCUCCGCCUCAUCCUCACCCCCUCCCAAUCCACCAAACUCUCGGGCUCCCACCGCACCGGCAAACGCCUCAACAUCAAGAAAAUCAUCCCCUACAUCGCCUCCUCCUACAAGCGCGACAAGAUCUGGAUGCGCCGCGCCGUGCCCACAAAGCGCUCCUACCAGAUCCUCCUCGCCGUCGACGACUCCCGCAGCAUGGGCGAGUCCUCGUCCGGCACCCUCGCCCUCGAGUCCCUCGUCAUGGUCUCCCGCGCCCUGACGAUGCUCGAAGUAGGCCAGGUCGGCGUCCUCGGCUUCGGCGCAGACACCUUUUUGGCGCACGACUUGGCGUCCCCCUUUGCCUCCCACGAUGCCGGCGCAAAAGUCCUGCAGCACUUCCACUUCAAACAAGACCGCACCGACAUCGCCCUGCUGGUCCGCAGGACGAUAGACCACUUCCGCGCCGCGCGCCUGCAGAACCCGUCGCGCGGCGGCGGCGCAGAGGACCUCUGGCAGCUGGCGCUCAUCCUGUCCGACGGCCUGACGCCGUCGAACCAGCACGAGCCGAUCCGCCGCUUGCUCCGCGAGGCCAUGGAGGAGCGCAUCAUGGUCGUCUUCAUCGUCAUGGACGACACGGGCAACAAGAAGGGCGACAGCGUGCUGGAUCUCAAGGAGGCGAAAUUCGUCAAGGACGAGCACGGCGGUAGUAGGGUUGUUAUUGAGCGGUAUCUCGAUACUUUCCCGUUCCAGUACUACUUGAUUGUGCAUAACCUCGAGGACCUGCCUGGCGCGUUGGCUGGGUUGUUGAGGACCUGGUUUGCCGAGGUCAAUUCGUGAAGAAAAUAGACAAGGAAAAGGGAACAGGAAGAGAAAAGUUUACGUGUUUUGUUGAUUUCGAGAGAAGAAAAAAGGAGUUUGGGACGGGAUUCAUCAUUGCUUGUUUGUUAGUUAUUUAAGACGGCGUUGAAAGAAUGUGCAUUUUCAAAACUUAAGAGUCAGACAGAAAUCGAGCAACGUAUUGCC